GACAACUCAUGCAAUUUCCCGAAAAUUCUGACAGCACUAACCCGUGUCCAGUCGUCCACCUUGCAUCCUGGGGCGCGUACACGCUAUUCCAAAUCCUCUUCCCCCCGCUCCUUCCUUUUUCUGUCGCCAUUUCAACAAGCUUAACUUCCCUUUCACUCCACCAUUUCCUUCUUAUCACCCAAUUAAUCAUCUCAUCUUAUUCUAAACCAUUUCUUUAACCGAUUAAUCUCAGCGUAAAUCCAACCCCUAAUUCUGUAAACAUGCAUAACGGCGACGUUAGCUCUUCCUAUUACCAAUAUUACCAACCUCACUUACAGAACCCAAACCCUAGCUCUACUCCGUCCGAUCAUCCCUACAAUCCCGUACAAUACGCCUCCGCUCCUCCUGAGCCGUCCGAUCAACAACAACAACCUUACACUUUCCCUCACCUUCAUGCUCCUCACCCCAAUUAUUACCCUUAUGAUCAAAAUCAAAUCCCUGUGAAUUACGAUUAUAGCACCCAAAAUCCUCCUAAUUAUGAUUCAUCGUAUUCGUCUGCUCCUCAUAAUGGCUUAUAUGGUGACCAAGGUUGUUAUGAUUCGGGUAUUUAUAAAUAUAAUGGUAGGAAAGAUGAAUUGUACAGUGACAGUCGACCCGAGUCGAAUAAAGGGCCAGUGAUGUUUGAUGAUUAUGGUAGGCCUAUGAAUAUUCAAAAUGAGAGGGAGGAGAAUAAUAAAGGAUAUGAGAGUAGUCGUAAAAUUGUGAAAGCGAUACCAAAAAUGGAGGAACAACAGGAUGUUAGUGCUGGUGUGUUGAAGUUUCGCGUUAAACUUUUAUCAGAAGGAAUUGGUCAGAGCGACAUGGAUGUACUUUGUCAGAUUGGUCUAGAUGGAAUUCACAUACUUGAUCCCGCUACGAGCCGAACUUUGAGAAUAUAUUUACUUGAGAAUGUGAAAAGAUGCGAGGUGUUGGAUUCAUAUAUAUUUGCAUUUUGGGCCAAAAACUCGGUUGACAUGGAACCUAGACGAAUCAGGCUGAAAUCAAAUAGCUAUACUGUGAACAAUAUCCUGGACACUGUGACAGCCGCAAGUAUUCAGAUCAAGGAGAUGGGCGAGAGUAAUAAACCUUCAGAUUCAAUCAAGGGAUCUGAUCAAGCUGCUGAGAAGAAGAAAGGUUUUGCUGAUUUGAUGAAGUUGAUGAGACCACUCAAUGAAGAGAAAGAAUUCUGGGUUCCUGAUGAAGCAGUUUGCAAGUGCACUUCUUGUGCGACAGAUUUUAGUGCUUUCAAUAGAAAGCACCACUGCAGGAAUUGUGGGGAUAUUUUCUGUGACAAGUGCACACAAGGUAGAGUUGCCCUCACUGCGGAUGAAGAUGCACAGCCAGUUCGAGUUUGUGACCGAUGCAUGGCAGAGGUAACUCAGAGACUCAGCAAUUCUACGGAAGCAGUGACAAAAGUUGCUGCAUUGCGAAGUCAUGAGGACCUUACGAGAAAACUCAAGGAGGAGAUGGACAAAAACCGCAAGACCUCGACAGGUCUUAGUUCUCAAGCAUCUAAGGGGAUGAGAGAGGUAGAGUGUCCAACUUGCACGGUCCAUUUGCAGGUUGAAGUGCCAGCUUCUGGAUCAGAAACUAUAGAGUGCAGCGUCUGCCAGCAUCCGUUCCUUGUUAGUGCCCAUUGAUCUGCAGAGUUUGCUUUUGUAAUAUUCCUGUACUAAAAGCCAUUGUGAUUGUCCUAUAACUUAUAGUUUUCAAACGCUAUUAUGGCCUUUAUGAGUGAGAUUUGCAUUAUUCUCUCUUUCCAGAAUGUUGAUUCUUGUACAAAAACGGUUACAGUUGUACAUCUGUAUAGUACUUAAUUCGGUUUGGGAAGUAAUAUAAUCUUAGAAACAUAUUGAUA